AUGUCGCUGGGCGCUGUCGCUGUCGCCGCCGAAAAGUCCCCAGCCCAGCCGCCGCUGGAGAGAGACUCGGGCAAUUGGUCCGUCGCUCAGAGCGCCCGCUCCUCGACCUACUCCAACAACACCACCGGCGCCGCCAAUGGCUUCCACCACGCCGCCGGCUACAUCCCGGCCUCGCAGCCCGCCCACAUGCCCUCCGAGCCGCCGCACACGCCCGUCUCGAGCCAGCCCACCACCGGCUUCCCGUCGCACCACCAGCAACAGCAGCAGCCCUUGCCGUCCAUCAAUCCCGCCUUUGACACCACCGGCCAGCGCCCCGACUACCCCGAGUCCCGCCGCAGCAGCCUUGACAGCCGAGUCAACCAAGGCCUGAGCUCCCUGGCCCUCAGCCAGGCCUCGCCGUACCACAGCACCAACGUGUCGCAGACCUCCAUCGUCUCCAGCCUACAGCGCGAGCGCGGCAUCUCCGGCGAGUACGGCAAGCUGUCCUCCGCCCACCGCGGGCCGCGUUACGCCGGCGGCCAGCCCUUGUCGCCGCUGGGCCCGCGCGCCGGCGAGCAUCGCGCCUUUCCCCCCGGCCGCACCGCCCCGGCCAUCAGCUCCAAUCCGGAGGCCAAGAUCUACAAUGCAGAAACCCCCAUCCCGGGCAUGCCCUAUGCCUUCCCGGAUCCCUAUGUCGCCCGCCCGUCGGAGAAAAACGCCCGUGUGUCGGACCAGAUCUCGCGACGCGACAGCGGCACCGAAUCGCUGGCGAGCAGCAGAUUUACCAGUGAUAGCAGGCUGCCGCAGGGCCAGCAAGAAUUGCCGCAGAGCGUUCAUCACCAUUCUUUACACCACAAGCAAGUCCGGACCUUGAUGGGAGAGAGUGAGCCUAUCAACGGUGCCACGCCUUAUAGUCGAACGCCGGAAUUGAGGGUAUCGCACAAACUCGCCGAGCGGAAACGCCGGAGUGAGAUGAAGGAAUGUUUCGAAACCUUGCGUACCCGCCUGCCUUCCGCUCAGAAUAACAAAUCUAGCAAGUGGGAGACACUAAACAGAGCCAUGGAUUACAUCACCCAGCUCGAAAAGAAUCUCUCGCAGUCCCAGCAGGAACGGGACCAAUUACGUGCAGAAAUCGACGAACUCCGGCGCUAUGCCGCAUCGCAGCCCAGCCUUUCCAGACAGACAUCUGCCUUUGACUUACCGCAUCACCCAGCCCCAGCAUUGCAUCCCAACGGCAUGGCCAGCGCAUCGCAAAUGCAGUCUCCGCUAUACAGUUCGCCCUUCUCGCCCGCAUCUACUACGUCGCUCGUAGGCCAUCCCUCCUCAGACCCGUCGCGCACUCUUCCGCCACUACUGAACUCCUCACUUGCGCCGAUGCAGGGAGUGCAGUAUACUGAAGAAAGGAGGUAA